AUGGCUGAAAAGGUUACCGUCGCUGCGUUUUUCAUGCAAAUAUUAUGUACUUUGGCAAUAUCAGGCCUCAUAGCUCUCAUUGGGUUCGUAUACGCCUGGCCAUCAUACAAUAUCGAGAACUUCGAAUCUAAUAGCACCGUUUUGUCCUGGCCUCUGACAACUUUCGAAAAAUCGCUACUCGGAAGUUUAACUAACAUUGGUGCUUUAUUAUUGACUCCUACGUGUGGAUAUGCUCUUAAUAUAUUUGGAAGACGAUAUUCAGCUAUGCUCUUUGGAUUGCCUAUGAUUAUUGGCUGGACGAUAAUAUCUUUAACAAACUACACUCCAUUAAUCAUUCUUGCAAUGGGAAUAUCAGGUUUUGGAGCUGCUGGCCAAGCUGUUACUUCAGUCUAUAUUGCAGAAAUUGUACAAGACUCCAUAAGAGGAAUGUUAACAUCGUCUUGUGUAACGAUAUUCUUUGCUGGGUUAUUGUUCUCUUAUGCAAUAGGCGGAUACUUGACGUAUCAGCAAGUUAUAUACGUGCAUUUAACGGGAUCCUGUCUAUAUAUUGCUGUAUUGGGAUUACUGAAGGAGUCACCGGUGUAUUUGGUACAAAAAGGGAGAGAAGAGGAUGCAAAGAGGUCAAUAGCAUUUUACAGAAGAGUUGAUGUGACCUCUAAAGAAGUAGAGGUCGAAAUAAAGAAAAUAAAACUACAAUUGGAUCCAAGAAUUGAUGAGAUCUUGCAUGGAGAAACUGAAGGUAAACUAUUACUUAAUGGCGUGAAAAGGGUUUACCAUUUGCAUGUCCUAGAUAUCACUGUAAUGGAUGAAAAUAUUUUUUUAGUCGAACCACACGAAAAGGAAUUGCUUGACAAAAAACUUCAACCCGUCGAAGAAGUCAAGAGCGUGUCACAAUGGCAAUUCCUGAAAAACUCCGAAUCUUCCAAACGAGCUCUAAUGAUGGCCCUAAUCAUCAUGACAGCAAAUAUUAUGAUGGGGGGUAUUGUACUGCAAGUAUACGCUGAGCCUAUGUUCAAGGAAGCUGUACCGUCGAUGCAUCCAAAUACUUGUGCAAUAUUGCUAGCCGUCGAUUUAAUGGUGGCUAGUUUUAUUUGUGCUUCUGUAGUCGACAAGUUUGGGAGGAGAUUCUUAAUGACAACAUCAGCGAUAGCAACGGGAAUUUGUACUCUCUUGCUCGCAUCACAAUUGCACCUAGGCUAUGGACCUUAUUGGUACACCGCAUUCCUCAUUUAUGCUUACUGCUUCGUGUAUAAUCUCGGCGCUGCCACGGUGCCUUAUAUUAUGAGUGCUGAAAUGUUUUUGCCUGAGGUCCGGGGUCUCUGCAACAGUAUGGUAAUGGCUUGCAUGUGGAUUAGCAACUUUGUGACUCUCAUCAUCUUUAACCCGAUGGUCGACAGCUUCGGUCUUGGGCCUUUGUUCUACUUCUUCACCAUAAUUUGUAUUAGUACAGCCAUUUACAGCCACUUUUGUCUCGUUGAGACUAAAGGCCUUUCUGCCGAUCAGAUACAGUUGUUGUUUUUGAAAAAAAAUAAGAAAGAGAACAUUAAGGUUUGAUUUAGUGAAGGUCCACCUCUCAAUUUGAAGAGCGCGUUGUGACGAUGUAGUUGUUGAUUGAGUGAAUGUAUUAGAAAAUUAUUUAUAUCACCAGUAGAAAUAUAUGUUUCUUGAGUCUCAGGACAUAUUUUAACGAGGUAAUCGUUUUGAUCAAUAUAAAGAAGGUAAUAUAAGGUUGGUAAAUUGUACUAAUGAAAAGCAACUUCUAGUAAUCUGCAUUAGAAGUUGCAAAAGAAGUUACUAUUCUACAGAAAUAUUUAUAGUAAUAUUAUUUUCUUAAUCUUAUGAAGACUGUAAUUUUCAAGUUUAUUGAAUGGCACGAUGUUUGUCACCAUGAUAUUUAAUUAUUUUGUGAAAUUUCUCCCACUAGUUUGUAACUAGUAGUUUAUGUGAUUGUUACAUUAGAGGCACUAAAAUACGAGUAUGGGUUUAUGAAACGAGCAGACAGGCGAGUUUCAUAAAAACAUCUCACGAGUGUUUUGAUGCCUACUUAUGUACAGUUACAUACACUGCUUUAUCUACACACACAUUAAAGCUCUCUAUGAUGUG